UUUUAAUCACAAAUCUUUUUUUAAUGACUCAUCAAAUGCCAAAAUUGUAUACAUAAGAUGGAACUGGUAGAGAUUCCUACAUAUUUUUCAAUAAUGGUGGAUUUUAUCCUGCGCAAUAAAGAUUUUUAGUAAACAGAAUGGCAGAGUCAUGUAUGUAGUAAAUUAAUUUUGAGGGGCAUAUGGAUCUCCAAAUAAUGGACGAUUAGGAGGUUCAAUAGAGAAGAGAUAAUUUUAUUUUUCUGAUGGUACAGGGAGAGAUACAUAUAUAGCAAAAACAGUUUAAAAUAAAGCUUAAUUGUCACCAGAUUUUUAGGAAACCUUAAGAAAAUACAAAUCAUAAUAAUUACCUAUUAAAUAUCCAUAUAAAUUACCACCAAUUAAGUAGGUGAUAUAAUAGGAGAAAUCAAUAAAACAAUUAGAAUUUACAAAGCGUUUAGCAGCUCCAAAAAAGCGAUUAGAAGAUAAUGAUUGAUUUAUAUGAUAAAAUAUAUAUAUAAAAGGUGGAC